AAUAAUUGCAGAUGCGCUAUAUUUGUUGUGUCUCAAGGAAUAUCCGGAUUCCGGAAGAGUUUUUCAUAAGCUUAUUUACCAGCAGAUAUUAGGUGCGUGGAACUUUCAAGGGCGAAUAAGGCGGCGGCUACUGGAGAGCUACCGAAACAUUCCGAAAAGGUGAAAGGGUGGGCGCCUACGUGAUGUUUCGUGUUCUCGGAAAAAAUGUUUGAAACAAGAAGAAAAAACAACUGACACAUGCCUCGUACUCGCCGUGUAUAGUGUCAUCGCUAUGCUUUUCUUUUAUUCCAGAGAUUCUGACUGAUUGCUUCGACCAAUAUAAAAAGGGUCCACCGUGAAUCAGUCUGGAUCAAACGAAGAUCAGCGUUCGGACAAGCUUCUUGUUCUUAUUUAGUUUCCUAGACUGCUAGCUGCCAGCUUAUUCAACUUGAAUUCAAGAUGAUCAAAUCGACCAUUGCGCUGCUGAUUAUUGUCGCUGCUGGAGUCUUCCAGACCACCGGAGCUUGCGACGAAAAUCACGACUACAUGGAUCAUCAAGCAUCGGCGUUCCGUAACACCCAACCGAGGAUCUACGACCCGUACUACCGAUAUGCCAAUACUCCGUUCUUCAUUCCGUAUUACUACAACUACCCACCGAGUUCCAGAGUCCAAGAGUCAUCAGAUAAUUACGAGGCGAGGACACCGUCCGCUGGCAAAUUCAAUUUUGCCAAUCCGUUCAAGAAUUCCAAUCCACCUAAAAGUGAUGUGAACGAGGACGAAGCUGAAACCCGCUUUUUCGGCAAGCUGGCCUUAGGUUCUUCCAUCCUCAGCAGCACUGGCCUAUUCAACAACAUGUUCGGGAACAAUGCUGCUGCUGCUGCCACGACAGGAUACAGUCACGCGUUCAAGCCGUUUUCCCACAAACUAAGCAAAUGGAUGCCGCUGGUGGCCAACACCGAUUUCUCCGGUCUGCUGUCCAAGCUGGACAGUUGCACGGCUCCCAGCCAAGAAGAGGGAAUCUGCAUUCCGGGAUCGGCCUGCUCGCUCUUCGGCGGACGGCCGAGUGGCUCCUGUGGGCUAAAAGACGUUUGCUGCAUUAAUGCGGUUACGACUUGCGGGAGUACAGUCACGCUCAACAACACUUACUGGCAGUCCCCGAUGAAUUUGCCACCCACCUGUUCUCUCACUAUCAAAUUAGAUCAGACACUUUUGGAACAGUCCCAGGACAUCGCCCAAAUUCGCUUGGACUUCAUGUCGUUCAGCAUCGGACAACCGAACUCUGACGGCACUUGCGCCACUGACGUUUUCAAAGUAUCCGGAGCCGACAAUUAUGUGCCGGACAUUUGUGGUGAUAACGCUGGACAGCACAUGUACUUGGACGUGCCUACCCGAUCUGCGGGAACGAGUAUGACAUCACCAGCGUCCAGGGAGAUCAAUCUCUCGUUCCAGUUAGGCGCCCAGUCAUCUGCUUCACGGAUGUGGAACAUCAAAGUUUCUUUGUUGCCGUCCCGCUCCAAAUAUCUCGCUCCGCAGGAUUGUCUGCAGUACUACACCACUCCCACCGGCAGAGUUCGCUCGUUUAACUGGCAGGACGUCGCUGGCACCGCUACCCGCCAACUCAACAAUCAAAAUUACAACAUUUGCUUCCGGACGGAACUGGUCGACAGACAGAGAGCCACCGAAAUGUGCUUGUCGGAAUGUCCGGUAAAGAACGGAGGCAAGGCUUUCCUGAUUACCAGUCCAACUGCUGCCACGAACCCGGCCGCUAUCGCCGCUAAUGCGCAGGCUGCCAGCGACGCUGCUAAACUGGCCGCCGCUCAAACGGCCCUCAAUUCGGCCCAGACAACAUUAACGACGGCCACCACGACUGUGACAAACGCCCAGAAUGCCGUGACAGCUGCUACACCGGCCAACUACGCCGAUCUACAAGCCGCUCUGGUCACCGCCCAGAACAAUCUCAAAACAGCGCAAACUAACCUGAUUACAGCCCAGACAGCAGUGGUUAACGCUGGCGUCAAUGUUACACCCGCUCAAGCCCAAGCUGUUAUAGACGCUCAAACAGCAGUGACGGCGGCCCAGGCAGCGGUUACUGCAGCUCAAGCCGCUGCAAACCCACCGGCUCUGGUUGCCGCCCAAUCAGCCUUGGCUAGCGCACAAUCAUCUUACAAUUCCGCUCAAUCGGCAUUCAACACCGCUCAAAGUUCGUUCAACUCCGCCCAAUCCGCAUACACCACCUCUUCCAGCGCCGCCACCGCUGCCAACAACGCCGCCCAAUCUUCCUCUUCUUCCGGCUCAACGUUUACGACAACUACGACGACGUUCGGACGUCAAGAUCCGGUGAAUGCCGGCUUACCUGCAGGAACUACACUGGCCGUCUGCUAUUACGAUUACCUGCUGAUUGACGGCGGAAGAGACAUCACAAAUGCCGUGACGGAUCGUUACUGCGGUAACAAAUUGAAUCCAUCCAACGGUGCAAGCACUACUGUCCAAGUUUGCACACCGAUAAGGCCAUUCCGGAUCACCUACCACACGGACGGUACUGAGGGAGCGGUGGCUGCAGGGACUAACAUCCUUCCGGCGCUAGCCGAUACAGGAAACACUGGAUUCUGUCUCGACUUCCAAGAGCGAUAGACGAACGACCGAGUCCAGCAUUGGAUAUGAAAAUUGCCUUUUGCAUCUUUUUCGAGUGGUCGGUGGUGGAAUUUUAGAAAAGUUUUCUUUAGAUUUAGUUGUAGCAAAAAAGGUUUUUGGGUCAUUUAUUAGUUGAUUUAGUUCCAGUGCAUGAUUAGUUAUUAGAAUUAGCGAAUUGAAUUGUAUGCCUAGAGUAGUGUAUUUAAAUAAAAUUGAAUUGGAUGGA